CCGACAACCCUCCCGCAGGGCACCAUCAACAUGAACCAGUGCACGGAUGUGGUGGAUGGGGAGAGCCGGACAGGGCAGAAAUUCUCCUUAUGCAUCCUGACGCCAGAGAAGGAGCACUUCAUCCGGGCCGAGAACAAGGAGAUCAUCAGUGGGUGGCUGGAGAUGCUGAUAGUCUAUCCGAGGACAAACAAGCAGAAUCAGAAGAAGAAGAGGAAGGUAGAGCCCCCAACUCCUCAGGAGCCCGGUCCUGCUAAAAUGGCUGUGACCAGCAGCAACAUCCCCAGCGCGGAGAAGGUCCCUGCCACCAAGUCCACGCUUUGGCAGGAAGAAAUGAGGGGCAAAGACCAAGCGGAUGGGAGCAGUGGCAUCAGCCCGGUGCAGAGCUCAGUGCAAGGCCAGGCCGGGGCUGCCAGCUCCCUGAAGGAUCCCAUGCUGGACAGCAAGGAAGACGAGACCUCCAUGAACGGAGACCGGAUAGACUGUGGGCGGAAGACGCGCGUUGAGAGCGGGUACUUUUCCUUGGAGAAGACCAAGCAAGACUCGAAGCUGGAAGAGCAGCAGCUGCCGCCCCCGCCGAGCCCACCCAGCCCCAGCACCCCAAACAACAGCUUCUCUCUGAACUCCUUGGACUCGAAGAGCAGUUGCCCCAUGCACAAGGACUCCAGCAGCAGAGAUGUAGGAAGGGGAGCUGAAAAAUCGGGGCGUCCCCUUUCUUUUAAAGCCAGCCGGCAGUACACCACCCUGGCCGACGUUCCCAAGGCCAUUAGGAUCAGUAAUCGUGAGGCCUUCCAGGUGGAGAGGAAGCGGCUAGAGCGGAGAACCCGGGCCCGUAGCCCUGGGAGAGAAGAAGUGGCCCGGCUCUUUGGCAAUGAGAGAAGGCGAUCCCAGGUCAUUGAAAAAUUUGAGGCAUUAGAUAUUGAGAACGCAGAGCACAUGGAAACGAAUAUGUCGGCUGGUGCUGCCCUUUCCAGUGAGACGCGGCAGGGCAGGAGCGAGAAGAGGGUUUUCCCACGGAAACGGGACUUCACUUGCGAAGGUGGAGCUGUGGGCUCCAUCCUGGAUGUGUCUGCGUCUCCUCUGUCCCCGCAUCGCCGGGCAAAAUCGCUGGAUAGAAGGUCCACGGAGUCCUCUAUGACGCCCGACCUGCUGAAUUUCAAGAAGGGCUGGUUGACAAAGCAGUACGAGGACGGGCAGUGGAAGAAGCACUGGUUUGUGCUAACCGACCAGAGCCUGAGAUACUACCGGGAUUCAGUGGCGGAGGAGGCAGCUGACCUGGAUGGAGAAAUCGAUUUAUCCACGUGCUAUGAUGUUACUGAGUACCCUGUUCAGCGAAACUACGGCUUCCAGAUCCAUACGAAGGAAGGGGAGUUCACCCUCUCCGCCAUGACGUCGGGCAUUCGCCGCAACUGGAUCCAGACCAUCAUGAAGCACGUUCGCCCCACCACUGCUCCCGAUGUUACAAGGAAUAUGAAAUACGUUCCUAUAUCAAGGCUCCUCUGGAUUCCCACCAG